AUGGCUCAACGUGUUACUUUCAGAAGAAGAAAUCCAUACAACACCAAAUCUAACAAGAUUAAGGUCGUUAAGACCCCAGGUGGUAAAUUAGUUGCUCAACACGUCAAGAAGACUGCUUCCAGAGUCAAGUGUGGUGACUGUGGUAUCGCUUUGGCUGGUAUCUCCACCUUGAGACCAAGAGAAUACGCUAACGUCUCCAAGACCCACAAGACCGUCCAAAGAGCCUACGGUGGUUCCAGAUGUGCUAACUGUGUCAAGGAAAGAAUCGUCAGAGCUUUCUUGAUUGAAGAACAAAAGAUUGUCAAGAGAGUCUUGAAGGAACAACAAGAAAAGGAAAAGAAGGCCGCCAAGAAGACCGGUAAGAAAUAA